GUUUUAAUGACAGUUCCCAGCUCUUGGGCAUGUCAAGCGCGAUUAAUUCCCUGGCUCUGUUGAAGGCAGCUGGGAUGAAAUUUCUUCUGCAUCAUCCUUUUGGGGAUAAUUGCUUAUGAUGUGACGUCAGCCGGAUUGAUUUUUCUCUCUUUCAAGAGAGAAAGGGAGGAGGGAGGGAGAGAGACCACGGACGUGUGCGGAGGCCACAGACAUUAACGUUUGGAAUUCCUUCAGGGCAAAAGGAGAGGGGAAUGGGAGCUUACAAGUGUGCAGCGAAGACAUCAGACUGCACGGAAUUAUUAACAAGUUUUUCUUUCAAAGAAGAAAAAAAAAAACCCCCAGUCCCCUCCGCAGCGAGCCACUUAGGUGCUCCUUUCAUGCCCGAGUCCCCCGUUAAGGUGGCAGCGUCUGAUAAUUAAUCCCGGGUACCCAGCCGCUGCAAUAGGCUUAAGAAGACGAAGAGGAGGGGCGGGGAAGUGCGUCACCAGCAGUGGACAGAGCAGACCUCUCGGCAGCGGCGUUGUGAGGACUUAGCUGGGACCUGGAAUCUUAUCCUCCUGUAUUUUUUCAGACUCCUUGGAAAUUAAGGAAUGCAAUUCUGCCACCAUGAUGGAAGGAUUGAAAAAACGUACAAGGAAGGCCUUUGGAAUACGGAAGAAAGAAAAGGACACUGAUUCGACGGGUUCACCAGAUAGAGAUGGAAUUCAGGGGAAAAAAAAGACCCAGAAGACUCAGCUUCUCCUCACCUCUUGCUUCUGGCUCAGAGCCCUCUCGUUAACUCUGUCUCAGCCCAGCCCACAUGAACCACCCUACAAUAACAAAGCAGAGUGUGCGCGUGAAGGAGGAAAAAAAGUUUCGAAGAAAAGCAAUGGGGCACCAAAUGGAUUUUAUGCAGAAAUUGACUGGGAAAGAUACAACUCCCCUGAGCUGGAUGAAGAAGGCUACAGCAUCAGACCCGAGGAACCCGGCUCUACCAAAGGAAAGCACUUUUAUUCUUCGAGCGAAUCGGAAGAGGAAGAAGAGUCCCACAAGAAAUUUAAUAUCAAGAUUAAGCCAUUGCAAUCUAAAGACAUUCUUAAGAAUACUGCAACCGUGGAUGAGCUGAAGGCAUCCAUAGGCAACAUCGCACUUUCCCCAUCACCAGUGAGGAAAAGUCCGAGGCGCAGCCCGGGUGCAAUUAAAAGGAACUUAUCCAGUGAAGAAGUGGCGAGACCCAGGCGUUCCACACCAACGCCGGAACUUGUAAGCAAAAAGCCUACAGAUGACACGGUGGCCCUUGCUCCCCUCUUUGGUCCACCAUUAGAAUCGGCUUUUGAUGAACAGAAGACAGAAGUUCCUUUAGAUCAGCCUGAGAUAUGGGGUUCAGGCCAACCAAUUAAUCCAAGCAUCGAGUCGCCAAAGUUAACAAGGCCUUUUCCCACUGGAACACCUCCACCACUGCCUCCCAAAAAUGUACCAGCCACCCCACCCCGAACAGGCUCCCCGCUCACAGUUGCACCCGGAAAUGACCAGUCAGCCACAGAGGCCAAAAUUGAAAAACUACCAUCAAUCAAUGACUUGGACAGCAUUUUUGGGCCCGUGUUAUCCCCCAAGUCUGUUGCUGUUAAUGCUGAAGAAAAGUGGGUCCUUUUUUCUGAUACGUCCCCGGAACGUGUUACUCCAGAGUUGACUCCAAGGGAAAAGGUGGUGUCCCCACCAGCUGCAUCAGACAACCCAUCUGACUCCCCAGCUCCGGGCCCUCCGGGCCCUCCAGGCCCCCCAGGACCCCCAGGACCCUCUGGUGGUCCUCGCAAUGUACCGUCGCCGCUCAAUUUAGAAGAAGUCCAGAAGAAAAUCGCUGAGCAGACCUUCAUUAAAGAUGAUUACUUAGAAACAAUCUCAUCUCCCAAAGAUUUUGGGUUGGGACAGAGAGCGACCCCACCUCCCCCACCACCACCCACCUACAGGACUGUGGUUUCAUCCCCUGGACCUGGCUCGGGCAGUGGUACGGGGACCACCAGUGGUGCGUCAUCACCAGCUAGACCAGCCACUCCCUUGGUUCCCUGCAGCAGCACCACCCCUCCGCCGCCACCUCCCCGGCCUCCAUCUCGGCCAAAGCUACCUCCAGGAAAACCUGGAGUUGGAGAUGUGCCCAGACCUUUUAGCCCUCCCAUACAUUCUUCCAGCCCUCCUCCGAUAGCACCCCUUGCCCGAGCUGAAAGUACCUCUUCAAUAUCAUCCACCAAUUCCUUGAGCGCAGCCACCACUCCCACAGUUGUGUCAGAAGAUGAUGUUUUUUAUGACAAACUGCCCUCGUUUGAAAGGCGCUGUGAAACGCUGGCAGAGAAUGAACAGCCUUCCCUCGUUUGGUUUGACAGAGGAAAGUUUUAUUUGACUUUUGAAGGCUCUUCCAGGGGACCCAGCCCCCUAACCAUGGGAGCCCAGGACACCCUCCCUGUUGCAGCAGCAUUUACAGAAACUGUCAAUGCCUACUUCAAAGGAGCAGAUCCAAGCAAAUGUAUUGUGAAGAUUACUGGAGAAAUGGUGCUGUCUUUUCCUGCUGGCAUCACCAGACACUUUGCCAACAACCCAUCGCCAGCUGCUCUGACUUUUCGGGUGAUAAAUUUCAGCAGGUUAGAACACGUCCUGCCAAAUCCCCAACUUCUCUGCUGCGAUAAUACUCAAAAUGAUGCCAAUACCAAGGAAUUCUGGGUGAAUAUGCCAAAUCUGAUGACUCACCUAAAGAAAGUGUCGGAACAAAAACCGCAGGCUACAUAUUAUAAUGUGGACAUGCUCAAAUAUCAGGUGUCCGCCCAGGGCAUUCAGUCCACACCUCUGAACCUGGCCGUUAACUGGCGGUGCGAGCCGGCCAGCACGGACCUGCGCAUAGAUUACAAAUACAAUACGGAUGCCAUGACAACGGCCGUGGCCCUCAACAACGUGCAGUUCCUGGUCCCCAUAGAUGGAGGAGUAACCAAGCUCCAGGCUGUGCUCCCACCCGCAGUCUGGAAUGCUGAACAGCAAAGAAUAUUAUGGAAGAUUCCUGAUAUUUCUCAGAAGUCAGAAAAUGGAGGGGUGGGUUCUUUAUUGGCAAGAUUUCAGUUAUCUGAAGGUCCAAGCAAACCCUCCCCACUGGUUGUUCAGUUCACAAGUGAAGGAAGCACCCUUUCUGGAUGUGACAUUGAGCUUGUUGGAGCAGGGUAUCGGUUCUCACUCAUCAAGAAAAGGUUUGCUGCAGGAAAAUACUUGGCAGAUAACUAAUAAAAUCUUAUGGAAGGAUUCGGAGGACCACAUAAUGGAGAACUGUUGUAUGAGAAACAGGUUUUAAUUUUGGUUUGAUGGAAACAAACCAAAAUCUGCACUUGGGAUAUAUCUGCUGGAAAUGUCCAUGACUUUCAGCUAUGAUUUCCCUCACACAAUACCAUGAUGACCAGUCUUACAGUAUUUACUUCUAGGUGUAAUAUUGUUAAUGGUUUUAAAAUGUAAUUAUUGUAUUUGUAAAUUGUAACUCAUUCCAGUAAGGCAGUUAGACACUUGAGUUUUAGCAUUUUACCAUUCCUGAAAUGGAUGUAAUUUAAACUGUGGUAUGUAAAUUUAAUAGUAGUACUGUUGAAUGGCACAAUGCUUACAGGUAGAUUGCAUUUUGUCAAUAUAUAAAAUUUAAAUAUAAUAUUGAUAGCUGUCAUAAAGGGGGUGCCACAUACAAAGAAAAUUAAGUGGAACCAGAAAAAAAACCUUCCUUUUCUUCAAUCCUUAGUAUGUUUUACUCUAGUGCUAAAUAAAAAUUCUAUCUUCAAA